AGCCCCUGCAAAGUUAACAAUCAUAGAAUCAUUGGCCUAUAAUCAUUGAACAAACAAUCAUUCCUUAAGGCUAAUCAAAUAUUGUCGUAUAAUCCUGGCAUAAUGAGUUAUUCCAAAAGUGAUCAAAUCUCUGUCCCCGAGUGAGAAAAAAAAAUCAAUAAUGAGUCCAUGAAAAUUGAAAUAUAUUUCAUUUGUCCAGGGACAGGUCGAGGCACAUGAAAGCAGGGUAAUUAGGGAUAUUAAGUGAACGAUAAGUGAAUUUUAAUGACUUGAUGAAGGAUGCAAUAAGGACCUAAAGUAGCACGACCGAGUAUUUCGUAGGCGUACUCGGGGCUAUGCCACUUGGCCAUCGUGGCAUCGUUUGCACACCCAACGCUCGCCAUAUUAUUUCGAGCAGGACACAGGGGGCAUUAACGGGGACAAACCAAAAAUUUCACAAAAUUAUCACUGUCGGCGCUGUCAGCAAUAUGGACGAUAGGACGCAGUGCCAAAGGCGAGGAGCAAAGGGUACCCAGAGACCGACUAAACCCGCCUCCAUCACCGCAUCAUUCCACCAUAUCAGCCCCCUGCAACUCUCCUACUUCUCUAUAUAAAUUGGCGUCCCCGAUCUUGUCUUCAAGUAGGAACUAAUCCGCGGUGUGGCGUAUGUGUCACCAGGGAGUGUUUACAUUUGGUUGGGAGCCGACAUAACCUUGAGUGAUCAAACAACUUAGGUGAUAGAAGUAUAAAAAAAUCAGAAUAAAUAAAAUUCAAUAGAUAAAAUAAAUAGAAAAAAUUGUGUGACAUUAUGCCAUCGUGUGCGAUCGUUGGAUGUACAGUAGGCUAUUCAAGUAACCCCGAUAAAGGGCCUUGUUUUAGUACUCCUAAAGAUCCUGCACGCUUGAAAGAAUGGAAAUUUGCCACAAAAAUGCCUUUGCUCAAGUCAGGAGAUCCAAUUUGUUAUCAACAUUUUCGUGAAAGUGAAAUAGAGAGACAUAAAAUCAUUUAUGCCAUCGAUGGAACAAUAGUACAGAAGAUUCCUUAUAAAAUAGCUCGAUUACAGAAAGGCGCAAUUCCUUCUCAAUUCGUGUGGACAGUUGUAGACACAGAUGUGAACUCGAAUAUCUCAAAUAAUUGCGAAUUGCAUGCUACGAAGCAACAUACCAGAUCUUCGAGUUGUUGUUCGAGAAGAUCUGACGUUUCGAGUGUUUAUCAUGCAGAGGCUAUGGAGUCACAAGCAAGGCCUCUGAGUGCUUGUUCUUCAAGUUCUGGCAUCUCAAGGACUUAUCAAAAAAGAAGCAUGGAAUCACAAGGGCGACCACUGAGUGUUUGUUCUUCUAAUUUUGAAAUAGAAAGUGAAACAAUUAACUCCUCCAACCAUUCUUUGGACGACUUGUUCAGGCAAUCUACCACAGUCGAACUUUCUCAGAUUCACCAGAAAAAUUUAACUGAAAUGGUUAAACUUCCCGCUGAUUGGUCUGUGGAAUAUCUGCCACAGAAAAGUGAAAAUUUCAUUUUCUUCUCAAAAAAUCAUUGCAUUGAAUUUGACAAUAAUUAUAAGAUAUAUGCUUCGAAAAGAAUAAUAAUAAAUCAAGAAAUGGUUGUGAAAGCAUACAUUCUCGAUCAAAAUGUGAGUUUGUCGAGGCUGAGUAUGGAUGAGAAACUACACACUGUCCAGCAGGUGGAGGAUCUAUUAUUCAAUUUAGAUAAAAUUCACGUCUGCGACGGUUCUCAUAAACUGAAAGACUUUCCUAAAAUAAACUCCAAAACAGUAGUGAAAGACAUAAGCAAUGUUUGGCGACACACGCACUGUCUUUUGAUUGUGGAGGGAACUACAAUCUGUAACUUCUGUCUAAAGGCCAAAAGAACUGUGGCCAAAAGGCUCCAGAGAUUGAAAAAUCAAACAGAGCCAAAGAAAUUGAAAAUUCCUGUGUGUCCUAUCAGAAAGAAGCAGUGGCUCAAAAUGAAGACUCAAGUUGGUUGCGCUCGGAGAAUAAAACAACGAGCUCAAAAAACUAUCAGCAAUUUAAAAUCAGAGCUUGAACAUUGCAGAGUUCAAAUAAAAGGACUAAAAAGGGAGGAAAUAGAACAAUACAUGCAGGAGCAGAAUAUUGAAGGAAAUCAGUUUCGAGUGGUCAAACAAAUCCUCGCAUCAGCGAAAAGGAAAAGUCCUACCGGUCGACGCUAUGACGAAGAGUGGAUGGUAUUAGCUUUACUAUUACACACGAGAUCAUCGUCUACAUAUCAGCUGCUCCGUAGUAAUGGAAUCUUACCUCUACCCUGUCCCAGAACAAUACAAAACCAUUUAUCAACAAUUAAUACUGUUUGCGGAUUUGAUGCUAAAUUCUUCGAACUCCUGAAGUUGUCUUUUGAGAAGAAAAGUGAAAUGCAGAGGCACGGAUUGUUAUUAUUGGAUGAAAUGGCUACUCGGGAGAGCAUCACGGUAGAUACGAAAUCAUUGACAUACAGAGGAUUGCAAGAUUUUGGUGAAGACGGCCUGCGAUCGUCGAAGUUCACUGAAAAAGCGAAUCAUGGGCUAGUCAUAUUAUUCCAGCCACUUGCAGAUACAUAUACGCAACCGAUUGCAGUAUUUGCUUCCAGAGGACCUGUCAAGGGCGAUGUAGUUGCGUCUUUAAUAUUGAGAGCAAUUACAUUGAUGGAGAACGUAGGAGCCAAAAUUCAUGGUGUCAUAACAGACGGGGCCAGCAGCAAUCGAAAAUUCUGGUCCGAAGUAGGCGUCAGCGGAACAUUGGGACAUGCUAAAAGCCAUUUCAUCCAUCCACUGGAUGACAACAGAAAAGUUUUUGUGUUUUCUGAUACCCCCCACCUUUUUAAGUGCAUCAGGAAUCGGUGGGAAAAAGUGAAGGUACUACAGCGUGAUCCAGGAGACUCGUUGAUCGAUUGGAAUCACGUUAAAUUCCUACAUGAGAGAGAUCAAGAGUCAUCCAGAAGAGGACAGCUGAAGUUGGUGCCAAAACUGACCGCAAAUCAUUUUCAUUUGAAUAACUCUUCUAAAAUGCGCGUUUCACUCGCAGUUCAGAUUUUUAGUAACUCUGUCUACCGUGGCUUAAAUGCUCUCAAGGACAUCCCUGAAUUGAAGGACAGCCAGGCAACUGCAGAGUUCUGCAAAUGGUUAAAUGACCUUUUCGAUGCACUUAAUCGAAAACACAUCAUGAACGCUGUUACGCCGACGGGCCUGGAUUGGAAAUUAAUUCAAAGUUCAUUGGAUAAAUUAAAUAUAUGGGAGCAGAAUGUACAAGAAAAGAAAAUUUCACGCGAUUCAUUUCUAACACAACAAACUGCUGAUGGUCUUCGUGUUACUUUGAUGUCGAUGUUGCAUAUGGUUAAGUAUUUGGUGGAAAAGUAUGGCUUUCCGUUCGUUUUUACGGGACGUGUGAACCAGGAUGCACUCGAGAAAUUCUUCGGGUCUGUAAGACAAGCAGGUGGCUCGAAUGACCAUCCCUCUACUCCGACAUUUUUACAAAUAUAUAAAAUUCUUUCAACAUUCAGUGUGCUUAAACCUCCAACAACAGGCAAUUGUACUGUCACCACUCAUCAGUCCCAAACUCCUUUAUUGAAGCUUUCUGACCUUAAAUCCAUUUAUGAUGAUUCGACCUUCACGGAUAAAAAAAAACAAUUGAUCGAAAGAAUUGAUAAUAUGAUAACGAAUGAAGAUUGGAGUGUGGAAGAAAUUUUUGAUCAUGAUUAUUCAAAACCAGGAAUGACCGAUUGCCUUGUAUAUUGUUUGUCCAUGGAUUUGAUCAAACGCAUUUUACAUCAUGUUAAAUGCAUUGCAUGUAAGAAUGCUCUUCUGAACCCUUCUGGUAAUGCCACAAUACCCGAAGCUUCGCUUACGCAGUGGAAUAAAGCCACUGAUAAUUAUCACCCUAAUACGCAUUUCUAUAAAUUUAUAUUAUAUUUAGAAAGUCUCUUUGAAAUCCACCGAGACUCCUUACAUGUUUUCGAUUUGAUUAUAACUGAUGUGUUAAAAUCAAAGCGAGUAUCGUUUCCAUGUACUAAACACGGUACAGAAAUGUUAGUGCACAUUAUUCAAUUUUUUGUAAUGCGACGUAUGCAAGAGUAUUGCACUAGUCUAAAUGCGAGUCGAAUCAAAACAAAUCAAUACAAAAAAAAACAAUCGAAAUGGUGCACGUCGUAAUUUGUUUAUUAUUGAUAAAAAACUAUUGUUGUCUUGAAAAAAAGCAUCACUCGAUGUGUUCUGUAUAAAAGAAACCUUUUUUUUAAUUUGUUUUCGCCACAUUUUAUGUUUAAUAAAAAUGAUUAAAACAUU